UCAUAGCUGAGAAAUAGGAUCGAAUCCGGUCCAGUGCGAACCGUGUAGCGAGUAACGAACUGAGCAGGGAUUUCCAUGGCAACAACCCAAGCAGUGGCAUGUUCAAUACUCCACACUCAUACACAUACACAUACACAUACACAUAAACUGCGCCUUCGCUUUCGCUUUGGUUUUCGCCUUACAUGCACAUUCAACAACAACAAAUGCUACUUUCCCACCCUUUCCCAUCGAUUUUCCUCUUCCGAUUUACCCGGAAAAUCUUCGCGCCUCACUGCCUUCUCUGCGUUAUCCAGUGAACAUCGUAACAACUCAUCUCAAGACCUUGCUGUCCUUCUCGAAGUCGACGGGGUUCUUUUGGAUGCGCACCGCGUGGGAAAUCGCCAAGCCUUUAAUAAAGCAUUUGAAAAGCUUGGGCUUGAUUGUGCAAACUGGACUGAGCCUAUCUAUUCAGAUCUUUUAAGGAGAAGUGCUGGAGAUGAGGAAAAGAUGCUAUUUUUGUAUUUUAAUCGAAUUGGGUGGCCUACUUCAUUACCCACAAAUGAGAAUGGACAGUUCACAAAAAGUGUUUUGCAGGAAAAGGAAAAGGCGUUGGAGGAGUUUGUGAUGUCAAAAAGUCUACCUUUACGACCUGGUGUUGAACAGUUUAUUGAUGACGCAUAUAAUGAAGGAAUUCCAGUUGUAAUAUUAACGGCCUACACUAAAAGUGGUGAUGAUAUUGCCAGGACCAUAAUGGAAAAGCUUGGUAAUGAUCGAAGCAUAAAGGUAAUUGUUGUGGGCAAUAAGGAGGUUGAGCAAAGUUUAUAUGGCCAACUUGUCUCAGGAAAGGUAAUUUCUUCUGGUUUGGAUGAAGAGCUUGCCAAGGAAGCCAAAAGAGCAGCUUCUGCUGAGAGACAAAGGUUAGCAAAAGAGGUAGCAUCCAUGCUAAAGUUGAGUGUUGAGAUUAAUACCGGGUUAUCUGAAAGUCUAGACAAGAUUGUGGCUGCUCUACGUGCAGGAGCUGAAUAUGCUGGGUUACCUGUCUGCAACUGUGUCCUGGUUGCAGGAAGCCAAUCUGGAGUGGCUGGCGCUAUACGGGUGGGCAUGCCAUGCGUUGUUUUACGGAGCAGUUUGACAUCUAGAGCUGAGUUCCCAUUGGCAAAUGCUACAAUGGAUGGGUUUGGAGGUGCAGAUCUAACAAUUCCAAAAUUGCGCAAUCUAUGCAAGAAACAACCGAAGGAUUGAAUGAGUUCUAUGUCAAUUUACCUUACCCAAGAAAUUUGCAAUGAACGCAACAUAACCACACUUGCUCUGGAUUUGAAGCUUUUUGCUUGCAGGCAAAGGUAAGGGGCCUCUAGACGGGGAGUUUAAGAUAGAUGUCUUCGGAGACAAUGUUUGCUGCAGUGUAAGGAAAGACUAUUAAGUGAUUUUGGCUGUGGUGAUUGUGAAGCUCUAACUGCAGUUGCUGGGUAAAUAUGAUUGUAGCUACUAGUACUAGUUCUUGUCUGAUGUGAUAUUUUUGUAUCAGAAUGGAACUGAGAUCCUUCUUGCAGAGUGUAGAUACAAAAUGAUUGUGUAUUACUUUUCUUUAACAUUUGAAAGCGGCACCGUGAUGAGUUAGAAAUGUCCCGUGGGACUGAGUUAGUGGUCGAGUCGUUUUUGGUAAUUAACACCUGUCGCCACCGUCUCAAUUCGUAUAUUACCAUUCGUAUGUCUUA